CGUUCCGAUGUCCGACGGCCACAAAACGAAACGGAUAAAGCGAUCGCGGCGAGAGAAAGGAGGAGCCUGCGACGAUGGCGCUGCUCUCCUCGGCCGCCGCUCCGCCGUCGACGCGCCGUCACUCCACCCAUUUUCCCUUCCUGAUCCGGAGACACCGUCCGAACACUUCUCCUCCUGUCUCUCUCAACUUCACAGGAGCUGCUUCGCGCCAAACCCCCUUCUUGUCCUUGGAGGAGACGGGUACUCACCGGACGCCCCAUGGUCUUCGCGUGGACGCCCGAUCCACCGAUUCCCAUCUAUGCGAGCAAGAAAGGUUGAAAUUUGACUGGUGGGGUUCCCUCUCCUUGGGGGAAGCUGUAUCGGACGACGAGCUGUGGGCCGCCGUCCGCCUCCGGGUUCGCACCUUCUAUAAAUUCAAUGAGUCCUUUGGUAUCGAGGAUUACAAGACGUAUGUUACGAAAAGGGAAUUCGAUGGUUUGCAAGAUCGCAUUGUUGGAAGAACUCCAGGAUACAAUGCAGUUGCUUGUAUAAAUGCCACACUGCCAGUAUCCACAUUUGGUAGUUAUGCAGAAGAACUCUGCUCUCUGUGUAAGUUUUCGCGCGAUGGAGAAGAACAUAUAGUUGUGGGAACCUUGGAUGUCAAUUGGUGCCUCCAAUUGCCUGAUGAAUUGACAGGAAUUAAGCCCGAGGGAAUUGGAGUUGAUCUCACGAGGGCAUAUAUAAGUAAUGUAUGUGUCGCCGAGGAGCUGCAAAGAAAUGGUUUGGGCUAUGCAUUAAUUUCCAAAUCCAAGCAAGUUGCUCUCUCUUGGGGCAUAACUGAUCUAUAUGUUCAUGUUGUGGUCGGCAAUGAAGGCGCGAGAAAGUUGUACGAUAAGAGUGGUUUUGUUUAUGAAAGCGAAGAGCCUACUUGGCGAGCAAGAUUUCUCGGAAGGCCCCGAAGAUUUUUGCUUUGGGCUAAUUUAAGAUAAACCAUGAACUUUAGUAGAUUUUACAAGCUAAGAAGCUGGUCUGUGUUUGUAACUUGCAUUUGUAUUGCAUUUGUAUGUAUAAUUUUUCUUUC